AUUAUUUGAAGGGAAAAAUGGGGGUGAUGCUCAUCCUUAUCAAGCUUCUGCUGAUUAUGUUCUCUCAAGUCAGGGCAAAAAUCUUUUACAACAACUCAGGAGUUGGUUGUUGGAUCCUUCACACACAUCUACGGUGUCUUGUUUGUGUCGGAUGAAGGACAUCAAGAUUGGCGUUGAGAUUGAUUUAGUUUGUAAGGUUCUCUAUGUUGUUGAGCUAUCUACCAAUGAAUGGAUGCUGUUUGUGUGGGAUGGAACAGACGCUCCUCCUGUGACUUUUACUCAAGAAUUGGAUGCAGAAGGAGAAAGCCCAUUACCAUUACAUUUUGAAAUCAUGCCAUAUAAUAUGACCAUACCUCCUGUUGGAUCUAUUCUCAGAGUUGUUGUUGGCAAACAUUUUAAGGAGGUUGUUCAGCUACAAAGUGGUAGUCAGUGGAUAAAAUUAUGCAACAUGACUUUUAUAACAGAGUGUGGAUUUUGGAAAGGAUUGCUGCAGAACAUUUGUAAGAUUCGUUUUCUGGGAGAAGCGGAUGCAAAUGUUAAAUUGAACAUACGUGAGUAUGAAAAUCGAGUUACGUCCCGAGUGCGACAACCUUUGGCAUGCUCUCAUCAGCCUUCUAAUAUUACAGAGCUUGAUUUUGAGGAUUAUGAUGAUGUGCCAUAUUUUUCAUUGAGAGAGUCUCUUCUAUGUUCAGAGAGAUCUCAAAGAUUCAAAUCAAUUGUUCGAGUACUAGCUGCACAUCCUUGGAGAACGCAUGAACUGCAACUUGAUCAAGAUUGUUGUCAAAUUAGUUUGACCCUAGAAGAUCCUACUGCAAGAAUACGUGCAUAUGUUAAAGAUGCGGAGAAGUUUUUUGGACAUUGCCAAAAUGCUGAGAUUAUAUCUUCAAAACUGAAAAAGCUACUUGGAACCAGGGACAAUGAUGAAGCAGGGCCUUCGGAUUCCACAAGAGAUCCACCAUGGGUGUGGUGUUGUAUCAAGUCAUAUUUCGUCAAUGGCAUUAACGCCGAUCCCUGGAUCGAUGAACGCUAUUGGAUUGAUUGCACUAUCAUGCGUGGAUGAAGGUGUCUAGUUUGUUGUUCAUGUAAAAAUGUAGACAACAUUACAAUGUUUGUGUCACACGGUGAUUUUUUUUGUAUAGUGUCUUUGGUAACAAUUUUUCUCUUAAAUUAUUUAUAA